UAGGAAGAAGGUGAGUAUUUAUUUACAAGUGAAUGUGAAUGGGUAGAUAUAUCCAGGUGGCGUAGCGGGCAGCGGUAGUGAGUUGAUGGGAGUAAAUAGGUGGAUCCAAUGGGGUAGCAGAAUCCUCCGACGACCAGGCGGGAAUGGGGUAAAUGAUCCGGGUGAGUAACUGAAGACAGAACAAACGGAGGAACUGGAGUCGCGCUACUCUCCGAUUGCCAGUUGAAACGCAUUAGCGGCUCUCUCCCUUGAUUAUAAGAAGCGCAGACGGAGAGUCGGGGCGCGCUAUGGCCUCUAAAGAGACCACCGCUGCAGGUUUCGUUCAGGUCGGCAGGGAAAACACAGAGAGCAUCAGGAGGCUCAUUGAUAAACAAUCUAUCAAGUUUGUGCGAGCUGUAAAGCAGGACACCAAGCACGGCAAAUCAGAGGACAGGAUACUGGUUCUGGCGACAUGGCGAAUGUAUCUAUUUGCUGUCAAAGUCCCCGCCAAGGUGGAGGUUACUUUCAACUUCCUGGAAAUUCGAGUAAUGAACACUUAUCCAGAUCAUCAGGUUGUCAUAGACACGGACAAAUCGACCCACUCCUUGAGACUGCAGUCACAAGACCACCUUGAUCACAUGAUGAACCAUAUCAACUUUGCCCUCUCACGAAUAUUCAAUAACUCCAUGUAUGCUCCGACCAUCUGCCGAGCAGAGGGGGACGUCUCUGAUGGAGUCCUCCAGUUUUCACCGGACUCCGAAUCAUCUGUAGAGACUCAGAGAACCUGUGGCGGUUUCUCUGAGACCUACGCAGCUCUGUGCGACUAUAACGGCAUCGGCUGUAAGGAGGAAGUGCAGUGGGAUGUGGACACUAUCUAUCACUCUCAGGACAACAGGGAGUUCAACCUGCUGGACUUCAGCCACCUGGACAGCAGGGACCUGGCGGUGAUGGUGGCUUCCAUGGCGUACAACACUUGGUUCACCAAGCUCUACUGCACAGACAUGCGCAUUGGGUCAGAGGUGGUGGAGCAGGUCCUUCACACCAUCAGUAAGUCCAGCAGUCUGGAGGAACUCACUCUGGAGAACGUUGGCCUCAAAUCAGACUUCCCUCAGAAAAUGGCGACAGCUCUGUCAGAGAAUCCUGCCUCUGCAAUCCACUCUCUCAACCUGGCCCACAACACCUUGGACAACCAAGGAGUGUCCAACCUCAUCCAGCUGGUGUGUCGUCUCAACAAAGGCCUUCGUCUGCUCAACCUCUCCAAGACGUCCCUCUCCUCCAAGGGAGUGAUGUCUCUCUCCCAGGCCCUCUGCUCCAGUGAUGACUACUCCAACUCUCUCCUUCACCUGGACCUGAGCAAAAACCCUGGGAUUCUGUCUGGGGAGGACGCCACGAACAUGUACCUGUUCCUAGCCCAGCCAAACUGUCUGGUUCAUUUGGACCUCUCUGGGACCGACUGCACUGUGGACUCGUUAUUCGGCGCUCUGUUGAGGGGAUGUUGUGUUGAUCUCGCUUACCUGAAUCUCUCCAAGAACGGCUUCUCUCACAGGAAAGUGAGGGAGACUCUUCCUGUCGUCAGACAGUUCUUCAGUUCAGCCUUCAGUCUUACGCACGUCAACCUGUCUUCCAUGAAGCUCCCUCCGGACACUCUGAGAGCUCUCUUCCUUGGCCUGUCUUCCAACCCUCACAUCAGUGACCUACACCUGGACCUCAGCUGCUGUGAGUUGAGGUCUGCUGGUGCUGGGGUGCUCCAGGAGCUGUUUCCCAGAGUGGCCUGUAUUGUCAGUCUGGACAUCUCAGACAACGGGUUGGAUGCUGAUCUGCUAGGGGUCAUCCCAGCCUUCUCCAGACACCCUUCCCUCAAACACUUGCUGCUGGGCAAGAACUUCAACCUCAAGGGCAGGGUGCUGGAUGAAAUUCUGCAGAAACUAGUGCAGUUAGUGCAGGAGGAAGAGUGUGCCCUGCAGUCCCUCUCUCUGGCGGACUCGCGCCUGCGCUCUCGGGGCACAGUGCUGGUGAACGCUCUGGGCAGUAACACCUGCCUGCGCAAGGUGGACCUGAGUGGGAACAGCCUGGAGGAUGCGGGGGCUAAGAUGCUCAGCAAAGCCCUGCAGAUCAACACCACACUCAGGAGUGUGACGUGGGAUCGCAAUAACACCACGGCUACAGGAUUCCAAGAUGUGGCUCGGGCCCUGGAACAUAACUUCACCCUGCAUUACAUGUCCAUCCCCCUCAAUGAUGUCACACAGGCUUACCGGAGUGCCCCUGAGAAGAUUGACCAAGCGCUGACCAAGAUCCAGCGUGCUCUGUUGAGGAACAACCAGACCCAGAGGUUCUCUCAGAAACAGGCUCUUCGUCUGCACCAAGGCCUGGUCACCAGCACUGCUGAACAGGUGAUGGAGCGGCUGUGUGUGCGUGUGCAGCAGCAGGUGUGUGCUCUCCGAGGCUCAGAAGAAGGAGAGGAGUUGCAGGCUGCCAGACAGGUCCUGAAGGAGGCCAGAAACUCCCGUGCGCUCUAUCCAUCUCUGUGUGAGCUGGCCCAUGUUCUCUCAGUGGACGGGCCUGUCAGACAGAAACUGGACUCUCUAGCAGGAGAGCUGGCCAAGGCUGCUGAUAAGGAACUGCAGGUGAUAGUGGACUCCAUGGUGUCUCUGUGUCGGGAGCUGUGUCCCAUGUCCUCCUCCUCGGCUGAGCGACUCAGCCCUCCGCUCUCCUCCGUCUCAGAACGUGUCUCCAUCCCUCGCUCCACCAUCCGCACCGCCCUGAUGGAGAGAGCGGCACAGGACAUCAACAGAGCCCUGGAGGACGUGAAGCUGUCGGUGGUCUCCUAUCUGACCAACUCCAUAGUGGAUCAGAUCCUUCAGGAGCUCUACACCACUCACAAAACCCUGCUGUGUCAGGUGUCCCAGGCGAAGCGUUUGGACGCAGGGACAGGCAGGCGCACCAUCAGACAAUCCAGAAUCACAGACUCACUGGACUUCCCCGACGAGGAAGGCCUGGGCAUGAACAUCGACACCAUCGCCAUCAAGAAACGUAGCUCCAGAACCAGAAGGAUUCGUCCGGUGUCAACCAGAUUGAGUCUUGGUGAUGAUCCCACCUCUUCCCCGACUCACUCUGGCCCCCUAUCCCGCUCAGCAUCAUGGGAGGAUCUGUACACCCUGCCUACCCAGGGUGCACCACUGCGCCACGUGACACAGGUCAGGCCACGCCCCCCGCGAAGGCACUGUCGAGGACAAGUCCCCGUGGAAACACACUGUUCAGAGAACGGAGGAGUCAACGUGAUGGAGGAUGGACUGCCGGAUUUCUAUACCAAGAGAGUCCUGCCUGACAGUCAGCUGUCACUACUCCAUCAAGCUCAGUCCCUGAGGAGGAAGAAGAGACGCAGUGUGCUAUCGAUCUUCUCCGGGUUCCGCAAGAAUCGCAGCUCCACCAUCUCCAAUCAGGAAACAGAUAGUGGCUCAGAGAAUGUGUACUCUAUGAUUCAGCACCCUAAGGAUCGUGGGAAGGGAGAGGCCAUCAUUGAGGUGGGGGCCAAUGGGAGGAUGAUGCCGUCCCCGAGGCCCAUCCAGGGCACACCACUGCCUGGGAUGAAGGUGGGCAGGCCUAGCCCCCACUGCCUCACACAGAGACAGCCUUCAGAUCUGGUCGGGAUGGUAUACAAUUGUAUCGCAGCAGAAGACGAGGACUCAGACAGUAGCUUUGAGAUCAGACCAGUGGGCAGAGACACAGACAGACGGAAGGACACGCCGAUUGCAUCAGACACCCAGACAGAGUCCCGUGCCAAUGGACAUGCAAUGUCCUCCGCUUCUCUGACAGACAAACAGGCUGACAUACAGACUGACAGACAGACUGACAGACAGACAGAGCCAGUCUGUCAGGACCUGCCGAUGCCCAGCACUCGGACAGACACACAGACGGAGGUGGAGAGACGGACAAAGGAGACAGAGGGGACAGAGUCCAUGGAGGACAGGAAGGAGGGUGCCCCCUGUGGACAGAAACCAGAACCCCCUUCUCAAAGCAGCAAGCCCAGCCUGGCCAGCAUUAAACAGAGACACCUGCAGGGAAGCUCCGAGAAAUCAACUGAUGGCAUAGGAUGGACAGAGGGAGACAGGGUAGAAGAGGAGAAUAAUGAAAAGAGACGUGAGGGUGUGCAGAAAGAAAGAGGGGCAGAGGGGCAGCGGCCCCCCAUUCCUGAAAAGCCUGGUAGAGAUAAGACCUCUCCAAAGACACUGCCUCCUGUCACUCCGCCUGAGGAAACCACCAAUGAGAAGAAAACCACACCUCCUGUUCCGCCUCUCUCUGCCAAGCCCUCUUUUGAUUUGUCUCAAGCUCCUGUCAGUCAAGACGAAGGGACUAAUGAGAAGAAAAGCCUUCCUCCUGUGCCUCCUGCUUCUACCAAGCCUGUGUUUGACUCUCCCGAUCAUGCUGGUUGUCAAGAUGAGGAGGGAGGAAGAAAUGGUUGUCCACUGAAGCCGCAUCGCAACAGGAAGGCAGACUCAUGUGACAUGGGUAUGUGUGAGGGCAUGGAACGGAAUAGCCCCAACGAUCUGGAGACGGGGUCCUCAGAUCGCAAACCCCCUGUGAAAAGACCCAGACUCCCAGAGAACAGAAACAGAUCUCUGGACUUCCCCAGGACUGUCUGUCCUGAUAGUCCAGAGCCCGCCAACGACAAUGGUAUGACGUCGUCAUAACAACAACAACAGACCGGAGGUGAAGACAACAUUCUGGACAACUGGAGGGAGAGGAGAGUGAAGAGAUGGAGAGAGAAGGGAAAUGAUGAACUUGAUCACCAUAGACCCAACUGUGGUUAUCCUCGUAUACAGUAUUCAUUUCCUUCAUUUUUACGAAACAUGCAUGUACACUCUGCUUUUUUCCUCCCUCAUACUUAGUUGCACUCGCCUUCAUUCCUUUGCAGAGGGACACACACACACACACACACACACACACACACACACACACACACACACACAGAGAGGUCUCUGAGGGCCCUCUGGUAAUUCUCAUGCUGCUGUUAUUUCUUGCACUUCUUGUUGUACAAAAAUCUUUGAUCAUACUUCUGAUUCUCCCUCGUCUCUCUUUUAUUGACAAUCUGUGACCCUGUUUCUGUAAGAAUGAGUCGGUAUGUAUUCGAAACUAGUAUUAUGUCAUUAUUGAACAUAAGUGAACAAACUGCACUAACCAUUGUUAUUACCAAGUCAUUACGUGGUAACGGGUAACAUUCAUGCUUUUAUUUUACAAUAAGGUUAAGAUGAAUGUGAGUGUGUUGUAAGGAUGUUUUUCCUAUUGAGAAGAUGGUAAUGACAUGUAUUGUUUAUCAUUAUUACAGUAAUCCAGUAGUUGGUCAAUAGAACAAUGGCAGUUUUAGUCUGUUUUAUUCAUAUUUUACAGGACUGAAAUUAGUAUAUUUUCUAAAAAAUGCUAAUAUAAUGAAUGAAUCAAUAAAAUUGUCUUAACUAAAGGAACCAAA